GUAUCUGAUAUGCUAUAUGUGUUCAGAUUUUGAUAAACGACUUAGAUGCUGAAAAUCAAUCAUAAUCACUUAUUGGCCAAUUCCGAUAUUCUAACCUAAAUCGAGACAUAAUUUAACCAGUUGAUUCUUUUCAUGUCAAAAAUAGAUCACAAGGUGUACGUGUGUAUAGCGAAUACACUUUCAAAACUUCUUCCAGUCUGCUCUUAUUCCUGGUCUCACCAUGACCUCAUUAUUUCGGCCUGUUGCUCCUAAUGAGGUUGAAUAUAAGAAUCUCAGCAAAAUAUCAGUUGUUGGUUGUGGAGCUGUUGGAACGUCGGUUACAUUUUCUCUGCUGGAUAUAGCUGCUGAAAUUGCUCUAAUCGAUGUCAAUGAAUUUAAGGUAAAGGGUGAAGUCAUGGAUUUGAUGCAAGACUUUAAAUUGACGACAAAUUCAGACAUCAUCGUAGUUACAGCAUGUGCGACUGAUAAAAACGAAAAUCCUCAACAACAAUUAGUAAAAAAUGUUAAACUUUAUCAGGAAGUAAUCCCUAAGAUUACUUAUCAUAGCCCUCAAUGUGUUUUGUUGAUUGUCACAAAUCCAGUUGAUAUAAUGACACAUGUAGCCGCCAAACUUAGUGGUUUCCCGAAACAUCGAGUAUUUGGUACUGGGACAAUUUUGGACUCAGCAAGAUUCUGUUAUCUUCUUGCUCAGAAAUUUAGUGUGGAUGCUUCAUCAGUUCAUGGUUAUAUAAUUGGAGAACUUGGUGAAAAUAGUAUACCUUUAUGGAGUACCGUGAAUAUUGCUGGUGCACGUUUAGUUACAAAAAAUCCACAUAUUGGGUGUUCAAGUGAUCCUGAAAAUUACAAAUUGAUUUAUGAAUCGGCAAUCAAAAGUACGGAAGAACUUAAUCGAUUAAAAGGCUGUAAUUCAUGGUCGAUUGGACUUGCUUGCCGUGCCAUAUGUGAUGCUAUAAUACACAAUCUUCAUACUAUUUAUCCCGUCUCAGUAUAUGUCAAAGAUGUGAAUGGGAUUCAAGAAGACGCUUUUCUGAGUUUUCCUUCUUUGAUCAACUCUAAAGGAAUAAGUCAUAUAAUACCACAACAGUUAAAUCCUGAUGAAGAAAGAAAAAUAAAACAAAGUGUUCAGAAGCAAAUAAAUAUGGUGAAACACCUAGGCAUAUGAAGGUUCACUGUAACGGAUAUUUUCAGUUUGUUCAGAAUGACUUUCAUUAUUAAUCCGUGAGUUUUUGCCAUUUCGAUAAACUAGUUUUAAUACUCUAGUGCAUUGGAAAUACUUCAGAUGAAUUGUCUUUUAUUUGGGUGUGUUUGUGUUAGUGAAAGAUGGGAAAUAGUAUAAUCAGAAUUCACCUCAGUUAACCAGACGUCUGGUAGCUAUUGUCCUGUUAUGGUUACAACUAAUAAUUAAUAGUAAUGGUUUUAAUGCAAUAAGAUUGACAGCAAGUAUUCUAGAAGUAUGUUUCAUAAAAAAUUGAGUGUUCAUGUAGUAAUUUAAGCUCAACUUUACAAUGAAAACGGACCCAUACGGUGUAGGUUUCAUUAGAGACAAGUUUAGGACAUGAAACUUCCAUAGCAUUUUACAUAAACAAUUCUUGUUAACCACUAGGCUUAUUAAUUAUAUACAUGUAAAAUAGCAAUUAGUGUAAGAGCAUUUCAAAAUAGAUUGUUGGUAAAAAAUAUUUCAAGGUGAAUGACAUUGUAAUUUCAGGCCUCAACAGAGACCAAAUGAAAUAUGAACGUUAACGUUCCAACGAAAGAUUUAGAUAUCCCGACAUCUCUUCUAAGAUUUCUUGCAAUCCAGAAUGCACGCGUUUCAGUUAACAGGUCAUGCAUGAACAGACGUAGACAUUUAGUCUUCAGUUUACAUUUACCUAAUUAUCCAAAUAAUUUUAUGCGUUAUAUUAAUUUAUCUACGUGUAAACUUUGAUUAACUUGCUUAAGUAGAAAAUGAUGUCGAUUCAGUCUAUUCAUGAACUGAAAUUCUGCAGUCAUAAAAGAAACUUUGAUAUUCAUUCAUUACUUUCCAUAUUUUAUAUAUCUAGAAAGAUUAUUCGUAGUAUAACAUUACGGUGACAGUUCAGAAACUAGCACAAUUAACGAAUGAUGACUGUGGAGUUUAUUCUCUAAUUAGAGAUUUAAAUUAUAAAAAAAUCCCUGUCGAAUAUUUGAGAAAUUAAGCUUUAGUUCAAUAUUAC